AUGCCUUCAAGAGACUCGAUCCACUACUUUGGCGCUGGUCCAGCACCGCUGCCAACCCCAGUGCUCGAGGAAGCAUCAAAAGUCAUCUUGAACUACAACGAUUCUGGAAUCGGCAUUACAGAGAUCUCGCAUCGUUCUGGAGACGCCAAUGCCAUCUUAGCACGCACGCAGAAGGCGCUUCGUCAGCUACUCGACAUUCCCGAGUCCGAUGGCCCAGAUGGCUACCAGAUCCUCUUCCUCCAAGGUGGAGGUAGCGGUGGUUUCAGCGAUGUGGUUUCCAACCUGGUAUCUGUUUGGGUCGCAAACCAGCUCAAGAAUGUCGGUGGAGAUGAGACCAAGCUGAGAGAGAUGGUCGCGAAAAACUUGAAGUUGGACUACUUCGUCACUGGAUCCUGGUCUCUCAAAGCCUCGCAAGAAGCAGCUCGACUUGUAGGAGGCGAACACGUCAACAUCGUCACCGACGCCCGCAAGCAAAACGAUGGCAAAUUUGGCAAGAUCCCGGAACAAUCCUCCUGGGCCCCCACCCCAGAUGCCGACUCAGUGGCAUUAACCUACUACUGCGAUAACGAGACCGUCGACGGCGUCGAGUUCCAAGCCGCACCAGAUGGCGCCAACCUCGUAGCAGACAUGAGCAGCAACUUCCUCUCCCGCGCCGUAGACGUCAAGAAGCACGCUGUAAUCUUCGGCGGCGCACAGAAGAACAUCGGCACAACUGGUAUCACAAUUUACAUCAUCUCAAACAAAGUGCUCCCGCCACACGCAGAAUACGCAAAGCCAGAGCUGAUGCGGAAGUUGGGUCUGUCUGUCAGCCCGAUCGUUUUCGAUUACCCAACCAUUGCCAAGAACAACAGUUUGUACAACACCUUGCCAAUCUUCGACGUCUGGAUCGCCGGUAAAGUGAUGGAGCGACUUCUGGAGCUGCAUCCUUCCUCAGGCGGUGCAAGAAUCGCAGGCCAGCAGGCUGAGAGUGAGAAGAAGUCGCAACUUCUCUACUCCGUUCUUGACAAGAACGAGAUCUACCGCGUCGUGCCAGACAAGAGCAUUCGCAGCAGAAUGAACAUUUGCUUCCGGAUCAAAGGCGGUGAUGACGAUGUUGAGAAGGCUUUCCUCAAAGGUGCUGAGGAACUCGGUCUCAAGGGUUUGAAGGGGCAUCGCAGCGUUGGCGGUAUCCGUUGCAGCAAUUACAAUGCUGUGCCGGUCGUGGCAGCAGAGAAGUUGGCAAUGUACUUGGAGGACUUUGCUGCUAAGCAACCUUGA